AUGUCUGCCUCAGAAGAAAGCAGCUUGUUCAACAUCAUCGUAGUUGGCGGUGGCAUCGCAGGGUUGUCCUCAGCGAUUGCGUUGAGGGGGCCGAGUCGAAGGAUAACUGUUCUGGAGCAGAGUCGCCUCAACCGAGAGAUCGGCGCCACAAUAUCUCUCCAGCCGAAUGCGUCAAAAAUUGUCGAGAAACAAUGGGGCCUCGAAGAAGGCCUUGCCAAGACGGGGUCUAUGGCCGACAAAGCUUUUCGGAUUUACAACACAGAAGGAAAGCUACAUGCAGAGAUUCCCUUUCACUUGAAGAAGAGCUAUGGCGCUGAGAGAAUGAUCUAUCAUCGUGUUGAUCUACAUGAUGCUCUAAAAUUUGCAGCAACACGAAACGAAGGAAACGUGAAUCCUGUCGAGAUCCGAACGGGCUGCGUAGUCCGGAAAUGCGACCCAGAGGCCGGAACUGUCACACUCGAGUCCGGAGAAGUGCUUUCUGCGGACCUCAUCAUUGGAGCUGAUGGGAUUAAGAGCGUUCUUCGACAAUCGAUCAUCGGAAAGGAAGCCCCCGCGAUACCAACUGGACUCUCCGCAUACCGACUAGUGAUUGACAGCUCUGAGUUGGAGCAAGACAAAGAUUUCACAUCCGUGAUAGAUCCGAGGGAGUCGUUCACCACGAUGAUCAUGGGUCAUGAUCGACGUAUCAUCAUGGGUCCCGCAAGAAACGGAUCAAUCUACAGCAUUGUAGCUCUGGUACCAGAUGACCAAAUGCAGGAAAAUGCCGAAGGAAAGUCAUGGACCACCAAAGGCAGUCCAGAUAAGCUGAGGGAAACAUUUGAUGUUUUUCCAAAGUGGGCCAAGGCUGUUUUCAAGAAUUGCACAGAAGUUGGAUUGUGGCAGUUACGCGACCUAGACCCAUUGGAUACUUGGUACCGCGAACGUGCAAUCAUUAUCGGUGAUGCCGCUCAUCCGAUGCUUCCGACUCAAGGACAGGGGGCCAGCCAGGCUAUCGAGGAUGCAGAGGCUCUAGGAGCCAUCUUUUCAGAUAUCAAAGAAAGGCCGACUAGAUCGCAGAUUACAGAGAGACUGAAGAUAGUAUUCAACUGUCGGUACGAGAGGACCACACUCAUCCAAGGCUACAGCAGAGAGUCCGGAAAGCCUGCGACAGACAAAGGCAACAACAAGAUCACGAUGAAUCCGGCCGAGUUCAUGGACUACAAUUGUACCUACAAUGGCGCCAAAGACUGGAUUGAGCGACAGGCCAGGGCGAAGAAGUUGGCUGAAGUGGAAGAGUCGAAGGAUACCACGCCAAUCUCCAUUGCGACGAAACAGAUGGCUGCAAUUGCUCUAGGCACGCCGUGCUCAUCGGCUUUUGGGCUUCAGUUCAGUCAAGCCAAGUCAAGAGGAAACACACAUCAACGAAAGAUUACAAACAUCGCCGAUCAAAACCCGAGAAAAUUGCGCAACUCAUCGUCAUCAUCACAUACCACUACAACUCAGAGAGGUAGUAGCGGAGCCUGCUCCGAGGAAAGUCAACCUUUCCUUGGAUCGCAUGCACAAGAGGGGCCUGUCGACUAUGGAACCGAGCGCUUCAGAGAUGACACCGACACCGAGAUUGCCAGCGAUGACUCCGAAGACGAAGAUACAGACGAUGACGGUGACGACAGUGCCAGCAUCAAGCGUCGACGAGCCAAGAGACUAGAAGAGACGGGCGGAUGGCUGGGAUAUUUGAAAGACUUCAAAAUCUUUGUCCCGCUUCUGAUCCCCAGAAAGGACAGAAAAGUUCAACUUUCGAUUAUCCUCUGCCUUCUGUGCAUAGCAGGUGGAAGAGCAAUGAUCAUCCUGAUCCCCCGUCAACUCGGCAUCGUCACCGACAAAAUCCUGGCGAAGGAAGCACCGUACGGUGCACUGGCCAUAUGGUUGCUUCUCAGUCUCAUCAGCGGCGAGUCUGGUCUGGGUUUGGUUGAGGCACUCGCGAAAAUUCCCAUCAAGCAGUUUUCAUACAGACAGAUCACCAAUGCCGCCUUCAGUCACGUCAUGAACCUUCCCAUGGAGUUUCACGCCGAGAGGGACUCUGCAGAAGUCAUGAAGGCCAUCGAGCAGGGCGAAGCUCUUAGCAAUCUGCUCGAGACCGCCGUCAUUGACAUACUGCCGACAGUAGCGGACAUGUUCAUCGCACUCUGGUUCUUGUACUGGAAAUUCAACGCCUACGUCUCUCUAGCUAUGCUUGUGGCUUCUGUGGCUUUCACAACGUUGGAGGUCGUCACUUCAAACAUGAACCUUGCGAAUCGCAGGGCCUCAAGCAAAGCUGAAAGAGAGGAAGCGAGAAUCAUGCACCAGGCUGUUCAAGGAUGGCAGACCGUCACGUAUUUCAACAUGUUCAAUUUCGAGAAGCGCCGCUUCGGCCAGGCUGUGGACUCGCAACUCGCCGCCAGCCGUAGGUAUGGGGUCGGCGAUGCUUUCAUUCAGGCUCUCCUGGAGGCGACCGUACCAGUUACAUUUUUUGUGCUGGCAUGCCUGGUAUUGUAUGAGAUCACUAACGGCCGAGCUUCUCCCGGAGAUUUCGUGUUGCUCUUAACAUACUGGGAGUAUCUGGUCUGGCCUCUCAAGUUCCUCUCACACAAUUACCGGUACUUGAUGUCAGACUUGGUGGAUGCCGAACGUCUUCUCAAUCUACUACAGACCAAGUCAACCAUCGUCGAAAAGGAGAACGCCAAGAACCUUACGCCCGUCAAAGGCCACGUCGCAUUUGAGAAUGUCGGCUUUGCCUACGACCCUAGGAGACAGACUGUUAAAGAGCUGGAUGUGUCAGCAGCACCAGGAAAGACCAUCGCCUUGGUGGGAGAGACGGGCGCCGGAAAGUCAUCAAUCAUGAAAUUGCUGUUGCGGUUCCACGACGUUACAAGCGGUCGCAUCACCAUUGACGGCCAAGACAUCCGCGACGUCACUCUCACAUCGCUUCGCGAAGCCCUUGGAGUCGUUCCGCAGGACCCCUUGCUGUUUAACGCCUCCGUCAUGGAAAACUUACGUUACGCGCGGCCGUCUGCGACAGACGAAGACGUCUUCGAAGCAUGCCGGGCGGCUGCGAUCCACGACCGCAUCCUGAGUUUCGCCGAUGGCUACGAAAGCAAGGUUGGCGAGCAGGGGGUCAAACUUUCUGGCGGUGAGAUCCAGAGACUUGCCAUUGCGCGGGUAUUUUUAAAGGAUCCGCCCAUCCUGAUUCUCGACGAGGCGACGAGUGCGGUUGAUACAAUGACUGAAGCGAAUAUUCAGCAUGCUUUGGAGACUUUAAAGAGUGGCAGGACGACGUUUGUUAUUGCCCAUAGACUCUCAACGGUCGUCAACUCGGACAAGAUUGUGGUCAUUCAUGAGGGUAGAGUGGUUGAAAGUGGUACGCAUGAAGAGUUGUUGGCGCAAGGGAAAAGAUACAAGGAUUUGUGGACAAGGCAAGUUGGUGGUGCAUCGGAGAAGAACAGGAUAUGA